AUGCGCUCCGUCCUCCGACGGCUGCCUCCGUCCACCACAACCGCGCCAAGGACCACCCCCAGACAAUAUCCUUUCAUACCCAUCACCACACCGCCGUCAACACGCACAACUUCCUCCACAAGCACCACCAAGCCCGUCCGUAAACACUCCCGCCAGACUUCCAGCGCCAAACCUGCCCUCUCGCUCGAGCACUUUCUUGUCCGGCAACGCGUAGUCUCGCUCUAUCGCAACAUCAUCCGCGCCCUACAUGCCCUUCCGAGGGACUCGGCGCAGCGUCAUGAGCUGAGGGAUUACGCAAGGACCGAGUUCGAGCGACACCGCGCUGUCAGUGAUGUGGGCAAGAUUCGAUACCUGGUCAGUACGGGCAAGACUGAGCUGGAUGGGAUGAGGCGGUAUCUGGGCGAGAUGGGUGGGCGGUAG